AUGACAGCGCCCGCAACCCCGCAGCCCCGCCUGACGCACGGCGCCACGCCGCUCCUGCUCCUCCUGACGGCUCUCGCCACCGCCCUCGCCUGCCACCACCUGCGGCCCGGCGACGACACCUUCCCCUGGGACGGCCUCCGGCUCCUCCAGGCCAUGGCUCCCAGCCCGACACAGCCCUGCCAGCAACACCAGGCGCCCUUCCGCUUCCCCGACACCCUCCUCCACACCAGCCACCCACAGCAAGCCGCCGCCACCGCCCUCCGCAUCCUACAGCACCUCUUCCACACCCUCAGCAACGACAGCGCCCCACAACACUGGGACACCGGCGCGCGCCACCACCUCCUCAACCACCUACAGCACUACAUCCAACGCCUGGAGCAAUGCCCGACAGCCAGCGCCACGCUCUUCAAAAGGCAGCGACUCAGCAUCGACAGGUACUUCACGCACAUCCAGGACUUCCUCCACACCCACAACCACAGCGCCUGCGCCUGGGACCACGUCCGCCUCGAAGCUCGCGCCUGCUUCCAACGCCUCCACAACCUCACCCGCACCAUGCGCCGUUAGCCCAAGC